ACAAUAAAUUUAGCUAAGUUAAAUAGUCCAUUCUGUCUCUAAGGAACCUCCAGCAAUGAGUUACUAUUUACCCCUGUAAAGAUUCUUCCAUGUCUCCCAGGGAAGAGGCUAACAUCAAUAAACUGGUGACGUGGUGAUGUGUAUAUAGUAGCUUUGAUAGAGGUUCCCUGUGUUACACAACUGUACAAGCUCCCCGGACCAGUAACUCAGUUGGUUUAUGAAUUUUAAAUAAUCAUGGCCAAUUUUAAAGGACACGCUUUGCCAGGAAGCUUCUUUCUCAUAUUUGGUUUCUGGUGGUCCUUAAAGUACCCAUUUAAAUAUGCCUGCAAGAAAAAUAAAAAAGUUUGUUACCUUGGGUCAAAAGCAGGUUUUCAGAAGGUGGAAUUAAUUGAAGGGGUUGUGAAAGCUGCAUUUUCUCUAAUAGGGAUUCUAGCUGAGCAGUUUGUACCUGAUGGACCUCACCUAAAACUUUACAAUUAUGAAGAGCAACACUGGCAUUAUAUAAUGAACUGGCAACAUUCUACUAUGUAUCUCUUUUAUGGCAUCUCAGGAGUGGUUGAUAUUAUCACUAACACCACCAAAGCUGUCCCUGUAGCCAUUGAUCGAUUGAUGCUCUCGAUUGCUGUCUUUGUUGAAGGCUUCCUUUUUUACUACCAUGUUCAUGGCAGACUGAUGCUAGAUGUUCACGUGCACCUGCUUCUUUUGGUGGCUAUAUUUGGAGGAGCUAUCUGCAUAUUCAUUGAGGUCUUUCACCGCGGUAACAUUAUUCUGGAGCUCUUCAGGUCUAGCUUGUGUAUAUUACAAGGCAGCUGGUUCUGGCAGAUUGGCUUUGUACUGUACCCACCUAAUGGAGGCCCAGAGUGGAACCAAACUGAUCACAACAACAUGAUGUUUAUCACAAUGUGCUACUGCUGGCAUUAUGCAUUUGCACUGUUUAUCAUUGCAAUGAAUUAUGGCAUUGUGACAUGGGUAGUUCAUUCGAAGUUGAAGUGUACUCAGCCCAGGGAAAUGGAAUUACUGAAAUCACAUGAGCGAGAGCAAGAGUCAGAAGAUGAAAUCUAGCAGAGAUUUCCUUUCACCUCUGUCCUUUGUGGUUAUGUAUUGUUUACUUUCCAAACCUGUACUGUAUCAUUACUGUUCCAGAUGCAAUAGCAGUAAUAUAAGGAUUGAUGCAUGACUAUGUAUACAAGAAAUGCAUUCAUAUGAUGUCUGUGAAUUACAAAUGUAUUAUUAUUAUUAUUAUUUGUUAAAAAAAAAAAUCCACAGCUUUAUAAAUCUAGGUUAGUUUCAUUAUUAAUCAAAAUGAAACAUUGCAUUUGAUUGUACUCCUUUAAAGGGACAAUAAGCACCUUGAUCAUUUUAUAUUAAAGGGACAUGAAACCCCAACAUUUUCUUACAUGAUUCAGAUAAAGAACACAAUUUUAAACAACAUUCCAAUUUACUUCUAAUAUUUAGUUUUCUUCCUUCUCUUGUUAUCCUGUGCUGAAAGGUUUAUCUAGGAAAGCUCAGGAACAGCAAAGAACCUAGGUUUUAGCUAUUGAUUGGUGGCUGCAUAAAUAUAUACCGAUUUUCAUUGGCUCAUCCAUUUGUUCAGUCAGCAACCAGAAGUGCAUUACUGCUCAUUUAACAAAGCAUACCAAGAGAACGAAGGAACAUUGAUAAUAGGAGCAAAUUAGAAAGUUGCUUAAAAUUACAUGUUCUGUCUGAAUCAUGAAAAAAAAUGGGUUUCAUAUCUCUUUAAUGGUUUAGUUAUACAUAGUGAAACAACUUUGCAAUAGACAUUCUUUAUUUAUUACGUCCCCUUUCUAUGUAAUAUAGCGCAGAUUUUUUUUUAACAUUUUUACACUGCAGACUCCUCAAGAUCAACCCUGCUACAUAUAUGUCACUGAUUAGCUUUAGCUAAAGACAACUGCAAAACAAUGCACUUUAUACUAACAUUAUGACAAUCAUCAGCGGUUGCCGCAACUGUAGACGGAGAGACCGAUAAGGAGAAAGUACACAGAUUCCAGGUGAGACGUAGUUAGCAGCUCUUCACUAGCAGUGCGGUGCCUCAGAAUGGCGAUGGGAACCAAUACGCCAACAUGAAAAACAGGAGAGCAAGCAUCUGAGCACUCAAGGGGGUAAAAUUAA